AUGCCCGAAGCCGAUAAAAAUAUUACCUGCCAUAUCAUGACUAAUACACGUAAACAAACCCAAUCUAGGAAGGACGGGGAAGUGCAGGAGGGCGGCAGUGGCGGCAGCAGUGUCAGGGAUCAGAGGGGUCGAGAGGAAGACGAUCAGGCAGCAGGCGUAUCUUACGCCAAUGCUCUGACUGGCAAAGUUACAAGGGUUGGAGGUGGCGACGACCAGGCUUCGACUUCCGGCGUCACCACACGUGGCAGUGUGAGCACCGAGCAGCUACGCGCGUGCAUCGAGGAUUUUUGCGAUAACCUCAAUGGAAGACGGGCUUCCAGAAAUAAUGCACGCAGAAGAGCGACCUCCAAAGCUAAGGGAGGCGCAAAGUGUGUCGGCGCACGUCCACCAAUGGAGGAAACACUCUUUAUGAACGAUAGCUGUGACGACUCCGACAAUUCGCCGGGGAAGGAGCAGCCGCCACUGAAAACAUACAGAGACGUUCUCGGCGAAUCUCAGUCCCUGAUGAGAAAAAGAGGAAGGCGCGUAACAAGCGGCGAGUAUAAAGACCGUGCCAUCGAAAUAAAGAGGUACAAUAAGGCCCUUGAGAGACAAUUGGAGCUCAAGGCCCAGUUGGACUUUUUCGACCCAAACUUUGAGCCACCCGAACUCAAUGCGAGGUGGCCGAAGUUCGAAGCGGAAGUGGCGGAGCAGGCAUGUAUGUUGCCAACUGCCGAUAUGCAGGCCCAGAUAAUAGACGCCUGCAAAGAGGUUGAGAAGGUGGCCGGCUUCAGAACACACGCUUAUGUACUCACAGCCGAUAUAGAAAAAAUGUUUAGACAAGUAGUUUUACAUCCGAAGGACACAGUUUAUCAUAAAAUAUUAUGGCGUAAAAAUCCGAAGGACGCGAUUAAAACAUACCACCUCAAUACAAUCACGUACGACGACGCCAUAAAACUCAGGGAACAACUAAUAGGUAUCCUCAAGGCCGGCGGUUUUAAUCUACGACAAUGGGCAUCUAAUGAGCCAUCGCUUAUUGAAGGCUUCAUGGGACAAACCACGGACGAAUACCUUUAUUUAGAUAGUAAUAACAUAAAGAAAACCCUUGGAAUUUGCUGGAAGCCUCGCGAAGACAAUUUUACUUAUCGAGUCAAUAUAACCAAUCGCGAAGCGCAAGAGACCAAACGUACUAUGCUAUCAAAAAUAGCACAGAUAUUUGACCCAUUAGGAUUACUUGGACCAGUAGUGGUAAGAGCGAAAAUCUUUUUCCAACAAUUAUGGAAAACUAGCUUAGAUUGGGACGAGGCAAUUCCAACCGACCUAUUCGCCUUGUGGAAGGACUUCUUGACUGAAUUACACACAUUAAACAAUUUCAAGGCCCCAAGAGAAAUAUUAAUAAGAAAUCCAAAACGAAUAGAAUUACACGGCUUCUGUGAUGCUAGCGAAGUCGCGUAUGGAGCAUGCAUCUUUUUAAAAUCCGAAAAUGACCGAGGAGAUACAGCGAUACGUUUAGUUACCGCCAAAUCUAAGAUAGCCCCACUGAAAACUAUUUCAAUUCCACGAUUGGAAUUAUGCGCGGCCGAGCUUCUCAUUAAAUUAUACCGUGCUGUAUCUAACGCAUCAAAAAUCCAUUUUGAUUCAAUCCAUUUCUGGUCCGAUUCUACAAUAGUGCUACAUUGGAUCCGCUCACCGCCUCACACCUUAAAAACAUUUGUUGCCAAUCGGAUAACCAAAAUUCAACAGCAUAGCACUUCAACCAAUUGGGCUCAUAUAGCGUCAACCGACAAUCCCACGGAUUCUAUAUCUCGUGGACAAUCACCUUUAGAAUUUUUAAAUAAUUCGUUAUGGUUAAAUGGACCGACGUGGCUAGCUGACAUACCUGCGCGAUGGCCUGUAAAACCUUUACCUAAUAUUGUAAUACCUGAGCAACGCCCUAGCACUAACCUACUCGCGUCCAAGGAGGAAUUAGACCUUCAAAGAUUUUCUUCAUUUAAGACCCUUCAAAGGAUAAUAGCUUAUUGUAUACGCUUUCACCGAAACACUACAAACAAGGUAAAAAUAACGGGACAAAUCACUACCGCGGAAUUGUUGAAGGCUCAUCAGGUCAUCAUAAGGUAUUUACAGAAACGUUCCUUCGCGAAGGAAUUAGAAACACUAAGGAAAUUCAAAACAGUAAAAAAGGAUAGUGCUAUAUUUUCGCUAUCUCCCUUCAUCGAUUCAGAAGGUAUAUUACGUGUCGGUGGACGUUUACAGUAUUCAGAUUUAGAAUAUAGCCAGAAACACCCAAUACUACUGCCGCGUUUUGAACAUCUAACGCAAUUGAUUAUCCGAGAACAACAUGUCGAAGCUAAACAGGCAGGUAUCCUGGGUACGCUGAAUGUCAUUAGAAACAAAUAUUGGCUCAUUGAUGGCAAAAAUACCACAAGGCAUAUUGUUCGUCAAUGUAUUCAAUGUUUCAAGGCAAAACCGGGAAGCAUGCCGGAAUAUCCGAUGGGUAAUCUACACAAGGACCGCGUGACCGCAAUAAGACCAUUCCAGGUAGUAGGGAUUGAUUACUGUGGGCCAUUUUUUAUGAAAGAGAAAAAAUUUAGGAAUACUAAAAUACUGAAGGUCCACAUAGCUGUCUUUAUUUGUUUCGCGACCAAGGCAAUUCAUCUCGAAGUCGUUAGUGAUUUAACAACCGAGGCAUUCUUAGCAAGUCUGAAAAGGUGCAAAAAAUAA